GCAUCCUGGAGCAGCUGGUUUCAGGCAAGAUCGGUACGCCAGCUGAAGGGCAGCUGGCGGCAGACAUCGGGCGCGAGGUCGACGUGGGCAUGGGCGACCUGGACGACGAAGGGCGGCGCCGAGCCGAGGAGGCAAAGAGAGAGGUCGCGAGGCAGAUGCAGGCGAACACUCGCACUCUCCAAGGGCACCUGCGCGACCACAUUGCCAAGACGAGGAUGGCGGCGAUGGAGCAGAAGCAGGCAAUCGCGCAGGAG